GAUCGUUUAGAAGGUUUUAUUUGUUUAUAAAUAAUUAUAGUGUUUCAUAGCAUGAAUUUUAUUCAUAGAGACAUUAAACCUGAGAAUUUUUUAAUUUCUAAAGAGGAUACAUCAUUGGUUUAUUUGAUUGAUUUUGGUUUGUCAAAAUAUUAUAGAGUGACUGAUGGUAGACAUAUAGAAUUUACAUAAAAAACAGGUGUAAUUGGAACUGCAAGAUAUGCUAGUAUUAAUACAUUACAAUGUACAUAUAUAUAUAUAUAAAGGGAUGGAAUAAUCAAGAAGAGAUGAUCUUGAAAGUUUAGGUUAUAUGUUGAUAUAUCUUAUAAAAGGAGAGUUGCCUUGGUCAAAUAUAAAGGCUGCUGAUAAAGAUGAUAAAUAUGAAUAAAUUUUAUAGAUUAAAAUGAGUUUGUCCUUAAAUUAAAUAUGUUUUAAUUUACCUAAAGUAUACAUUAUUAUUAUUAUAGUGUUUUAUUCAUUACUUUCAACAUGUUAAAUCAUUGCUUUUUUAAUAAUAACCUAAUUAUUCACAUUUAAGAAAUUUAUUUGAAAAAUAAUUACUUGAAUAUAAUCAUUAAUUAUAUGAUUGGGAAUUAAAAACAAUAGAAAAAUAAUAAUAGUAAGAUUUAUAAAUAGAUCCAAAUUCAAUACCUGAUAUUAGAUAAUAGAAUGAUUUAGAUAUAAUUCCACCUGUAGAUGAAGAAGGUUAAGUAAUUGGAUUAAAAUAAGAAUAUUAAAAUCAUGUUAAAUUUAUGAAAUAAUUACAUGAAAAAUACUUUGAUCAUAAUAAUUAGAAAUAGAUUUAGUAAAUUUAAUUACAAAAAACUACAUCUAUCGAACAUAAAAGUGAAGCCACAAGCAAAUAAAAUAAUUAUUAAAUAAGCAAUCAUACUUUAAUCUAGAUUGAAUCUUAAACUUAUAUUCAUAAUAGUGUUUAAUAAUUUUCAAAAAGAAAAGAUUCUAAAUCAUAUACUUCAUUUAAAUAAAGCUAAGAGCAUAAAGAGAAUCGAAAAUUUCGAUAAUCAAAUGAUGAUUAUGAUUUAGAUAUGGCUAAUGAAGAUGCAGCUAAUUUUGACUAAAAUAAUCUCGAAGUCAAUUACUUUUCAAAAUGA